CAGUGGAUAUUUUUUAUACAUAUCUCUUGUAUAUGGCUUAGCAGCAGAGUCCUCAUCCUGGACUGUUUGAUCAGCUGUUGAUUAUUAGAUUGCCUCUGCCGUCUUAUGUUUAUUAUAUGUUGCUCAAUUCGAUUUUCCUAGCGAUGGAUUUAUGCAUAACAGGUGUUGUUUGAGCCCGAGAGCACAGCAAGAGCAUGAGGCUUCAUUAUGUGUUUUUCUCUCGAUUUAACAAACAGUGAAACAAAGCGACUGGGAUCAUUUUUUUGCUGUUGCCGUGAGAGAAGAACAGAUCCCAAAAUAAUGAGGGGAUGAAAGGUGGUGAGGUUGUGGACAAAGAGGAAAGAUGAGUCUGUCAUGUAGAAAAGAUCCUUACGGCCUCUCCUUGUAAAGACGAGAGAGCCGAGGGAGAAGACGGCUGUAGGAAGAUCAGUAGUGUUUAUAAAGGGCCCAAACCAGGCAGGCUCUUGUGGAAGGUGAUAGAAUGUCUAACCAGAGCUUUGCCAUCGAUGGCCCCGGCAGUUUGCUGGCUGUGCUGGCUUCGCAGAGUGGACUGGCAAGAGGCAGCAGCAGCAGCAGCAACAGCAAUGGUGGAGGAAUCUCUGCCACAGAUGUGUCUGCCUACUUUAAGCUGGUCUUCUUGGGUUUGAUCAUCUGUGUCAGCCUUGUAGGCAACCUCUUGGUCUCCCUACUUGUUCUACGAGACAGGACACUUCACAAGGCUCCGUACUUCUUUCUGCUGGACCUGUGCCUAGCUGAUGCAGUUCGCUCUGCUGCCUGUUUCCCCUUUGUGCUGGUUUCCGUCCACAACAGCUCGGUCUGGACAUACAGUGCCUUGAGUUGUAAAGUUGUGGCUUUUAUGGCUGUGCUGUUUUGUUUUCACGCUGCCUUCAUGCUGUUUUGCGUGGCUGUCACCCGCUACCUUGCCAUUGCCCACCACCGAUUCUACGCCAAACGCAUGACCAUCUGGACCUGUGCCGCCAUCAUUUGCAUGGUGUGGACUCUGGCCGUUGCCAUGGCGUUCCCACCUGUCUUUGAUGUGGGGACAUACAAGUUCAUCCGUGAUGAGGAUCAGUGCAUUUUUGAACACCGCUACCUGAAGACCAACGACACCCUGGGCUUCAUGCUCAUGCUGGCUGUGGUGGUCCUGGCCACCCACGGUUUCUAUGCCAAGCUGCUGCUGUUUGAGUACAGGCACCGGAAGAUGAAACCUGUCCAGCUAGUGCCAGCUAUCAGCCAGAACUGGACCUUCCACGGUCCUGGAGCCACAGGUCAAGCUGCAGCUAACUGGAUUGCGGGAUUCGGUCGUGGUCCCAUGCCACCUACUCUGUUGGGCAUCAGGCAAAAUUUACACAAUCAACACCGGCGGCUGCUCGGGAUGGAAGAGGUGAGAUCAGAGAGGAGGCUGGGCAGGAUGUUCUACACCAUCACCCUGCUCUUCCUGGUCCUCUGGGCUCCCUACAUCGUGGCGUGCUUCUGGAGGGUGUUCGUCAAGUCCUGCACCAUCCCUCACAAGUACCUUUCCAUCACAGUGUGGAUGAGCUUUGCCCAAGCCGGUGUCAACCCCAUCUUUUGUCUCCUGCUCAACGAGGACCUGAGGAAAGUGCUGAGGGCUCACCUGCCCACUUACUGGAGGACUAAACAACACCUGCCCCAGGAUGAGGCCUACUGCAUUAUGUAAUAAGAUAUGAGCUUAAUGAAGAGAAUGUUUCAGGUUUUGAAGGAAAUUUUGGAGAAUAGGAGUGAUGUAAUGCACCUUGGUUAAGUGUCUGUUUUGUUGUUUUGCACAACAAAAUCUAAUUUUUGCCAACAAAUGCAGGCACAGUGCCAUUUCAUUAAGAAUGUUGAUAUUUGAAUAAAUGUGUCAGGUGCCAAUGUUUGAACAGGAAAAUAGAAACACCCCAGUAACACGUUCAUGGUUUGUAUUUCUGAUGAUGUACUGUAUGAUUAAUAUGUAGGAAAGAUCACAACAAUCACCACUCCAAUUAAGUGUGACAGAUGCCAUUUUAAAAUAAUGUUGCCUUAUUUCAGUGGGACACGCCCCAGAGCUUUCAACUGAGAAUUUGUUUCUGUGUCACAUGAGGCACAAAACAGACACACAGAAGGUUGAAAUCCUUGAAGAAGUGUGCUCUAGACUGUGAAUAGAAAGUGUUGAUCAGAGCGUUACUAACUCUGAAACACAUCAAGGAACUCAAAGGGUCUGAAUGGACUGAUAGACCACCCUGGACGCCUUUUCAUGUAAUUCAAAGGAGACUGCAGAAUAUCGAAUGGACCCAAUAACCUUGGAUACAUUUAAAUAGCUGUUGUGAACCCAAGAAGCCCCUAACAUGCUUGAUUUUUUGGACUUGAUUUAGGGCGUGUCAGGUUUCUUUGUAUCAUAAAAAUUGCCUGUUUUCCUUUAUUUGUAAACUAUACAUGUUAAGCAGAUGACACUAUUUUGAAAUAUGACUUGAUUUCAUAUUGUAUAGACUGUACAGGAAUGUACAUUCCUGCUUUUGUGUUUUUAUAUAGCAAUUGUGUGUAUGUGUGUGUGUGAGAGGAAGAGGUUGAAAGAGAAGAAAGGAGGGAGAGAAAUAAUGAUGAUAGAAUAGGUUCCAGUAAUAUCGAGUCAGUAUGAAAGCAGCCUCAUCUUGGUGUCUCAAAAUCAUUCAGAAUUGAACAAUCGUCAUAUGGAAAUGUAUCCUUUAAAUGGAUUUCCGUGACUGAAAAUGUAGUCUGUAGAUGGAUAAUGAAAACGGGGACAUAAUAAUUAGAAAACAACACUUGUACAUUGCAAACAGGCCAUAGGAUUUAAUGACUUGAAUGAUGAUGUAAAUUACGUCGUUUUAAAAAAUCAUUAGCAAAUGAACAUUUAUUUGCAAAUGACAGUCUUGGGAAUGUUUUUAAAGUACUGUUAUGCUCUCACCAGAAUACAAAAAAGAAGAAAUGAUGAAGUGGCACUUAAUGUGAAGGAAACUUGAAUGUUACCAGGCCCUCUUACAUUUCCCCUCAACAUAAAUGUCACAAUUCGAGUGUGAGAUCACAGUAAGUUCAAAAUCAAAACGCCUCAGACUGGAUACAACCCGAGAUGUUUGGUGUAUGGAAACCGGCUUACACUACAUUAAGUUGUCUAUCCAAAUUAAGAUUCAUGUAAUACAAAUGUCAGACCUACAGUAUGUUAGGCAUAGCUAUAUUUGUGCAGUCAAUUUUCUAAAUGUGGACACUCGCACAGCGUACUGUAUUAGCAUGCAUUCCACUGCAUUUCAUAGAUUCAAGACUGUGGAUUACAACUUGUACAGAUGUUGAUAUGGAAAGACGAAGUGAAAAGUGAACUGAGGUCCAUAAUUUUUACGUCUGGCAUUCCUUCGCAAGAUGAGAUUCUGUAACUGUACAGUUUAACUGAGGUGGUUCUUUUGCCCACUCAUCAAUAAAGACUCUACUUUUGAUGCA